AACAACCACUCACGAUAGUUACUCGUACGCCCAAGAGAUACUCUAGAUAACACCAAUUCCUACCGUUAACAUCACUUCAAUCAAGAUGGGUCGUCUGGAAGGCAAGAACGCUCUCGUCACCGGAGCAGCUGGUGGCAUUGGCUUGGAGACUGUCAUUCUCUUUGCUCGCGAGGGCGCUAACGUCCUGCUCUGCGAUAUUUCCGGUCCAGCACUCGAGAAAGCUGUAGCAAGAGUGAAGGAAGUAGUGCCAGAGGCCAAGAAGGUGGAGAGCAAAAUCGCCGACGUAUCAAAAGAAGCAGAUGUUGCUGCAGCAGUCGAGCACCUCGACGCUUGGGGCGGUAUUGAUGUCAUCUUCAACAAUGCUGGAAUAAUGCACGCCGACGAUGACGAUGCUGUCAACACCCCCGAGAAGAUCUGGGAUCUGACUCAGGCCAUUAACGUCAAGGGUGUGUGGUUCGGUAGCAAACAUGCUGUCCUUAGCUUCAGGAGACAUGGUAAGAAGAAGGCUUCCGUCAUCAACACUGCCAGUGUGGUGGCUUUGGUUGGAAGCGCUGCACCCCAAUUGGCCUACACGGCUAGCAAGGGAGCUGUCCUUGCCCUGACGAGAGAAUUGGCCAUGGUGCAUGCAAGAGAGGGAUUCAGGUUCAACGCGCUUUGCCCGGCUCCUUUGAACACGCCUCUCCUCCAGGACUGGCUCGGCGACGAUGCCGCAAAGCGCCAACGCCGCGAGAUUCACUUCCCCAGCGGUCGUUUUGGUGAGGCUAUCGAGCAGGCCCAGGCUGUCCUCUUCCUUGCCAGCGACGAGAGCAGCUUCGUUAAUGGCACCGACUUUGUUGUCGAUGGUGGCAUGACCAAGGCCUACGUGACUGCCGAGGGACCGGCUACAGAGGCCCCGAAGGGAAAUGCUCGUUAAAUGCAUCGGGCGAGCAUACUUGGGCGAUCAUGAAAAAUCGCUAGCCAUACCCAGUGGAAUCACAUAGAUCUUCGAGACUGUAUCUCUGGUCUCCUAUACGAUAGUUGUCAUGUCCGUAACUUCUCUGAAUGAAGGAAUGAUAUUUAAUGAAGAAUAAAAAUAUUUGAAAC